AUGCGAAUCGAGAAAGUCCUUUCCGGAUCGGAGAUAGCCCCGUUGAGGCGCGCGAGUGAAGGUAGUGAGCUUUCUAGAGGCCUUGUAGCUCGAUUUCAAGUCGGAUCUUGCCCGGCUUUGAAGGACCCACGGGGCGGAAGGAUCAGAUACAGAUUCUCCCGUCUUGGUGGUUUAGUAGGAGCAUGGCUUAAUAAGCUGAUUCUAGCACAACUUAUUCUUCUAAACUUGAAAACACCCUCUUUUUCCUCAAAGAGUAAGCUGCACCCUAUUCCUAUUCUUGCAAAGAAAGAGCUUAGACUACUACUGCUACUAGCCCUACUACUAGGGAGGGGCGUAUCGGACAUGGUUGAAGAAAAGGCUAAUACCCUGACUCCAACGGCGCCUACUCCUUCAAGGCGAAAGCUGGGGAUUCGGUCACAGGCUUCUCUAAGAGGAUUCGUUCAAAGAGAAAGAGAACUGCUCCUUCUUCUUGUCUUAGACAAUCUCUCUGUCAACAAAAGCCAUUUUGGUCACAUUCAUUCAACCAUCAACCAUCCGGGAUCCUACCUUCUUUCUUUUCGUGUAGUGGGACUCCUUCUUCGUCAGUCAGAGACAGCAGCAGAUAAGACAAGAGCGACAAUCGCUAAUGGUUAUACGAAACUUUCUUUACCCCGGGUACCUCGCAGACCUCGACCGCCUACUCGCCAAGGUCUUCAGAGCGGAUACGCAGGAAGCGGGGUGCUCCUAGGUGUGUGUAGGGGUUGUGUUUGUUCGCGAGAAUGGAUUCCUCGUCAAGUCAGUUUGGGGGGUGUGGACACACUUGCGCGAAUUCGGGUAACGGCUACAAGGGAGAAAUCGAAAGGAAACUGUACCCGACCAGGGAUGGACGUAAACUCGCCGCACUCUAUCUUUCUUCCCAACGAGCCCAUUUCUCUUUUGAUUUGGAAGACGGGCCUUGCGUUCGGUUCGAAAGGCAUGGUUUUCAGUAUGUCUCCAGAUAGGGCCCCACUAGUUCGGCUAGCUAGUGAGCGGUUCUUUCGGGCGAGAAGCAGGCCGGGCCCUACGGGCAGGCAUCUCCCGCAACGCAAGCUGCAUUGUUCGCCACCACCCGAGAAGCAAAAGAUUCGAGAGUCCCAGGCUGAAAAUACAUGCAUAGAUAGUGGUCUAAUGACAAGGGCCGACGACGGAAGCUCGGGACAGAGCCGUAUGAUGCGGAAGUCUCACGUACGGUUCCCUGAGAAGGGAGUGGCUACCUACUGGAGCUUCGACCAACCACCACCGGUCAAUUCCGCUUUGGGGCCACCCCUUACUCUACCAUUAUUAUAG